GAUUCCUAGAGUUUAAUUUCCUCCUAGUGAUGCUAGGAUUUGUUAUUUUCGUUUUUAGACUAGGAGUCCUAGUAAUUCUAGGGUUAGAAGUAGUAUUUAUUUCAACUUUAGUGCAAUUUUAAUCACUAACAAUAUUUACGAGUAAGCUCUAGAUUGAAACAGAGAAUAUGUUUUCUGAUUUUUUGCUUUUGGCUAGGAAAAUCCUCGACAAUCAAGAUGAAUUAGACAAAAGAUUGUCUGAUUUAGUGAAAGUGCAAGAGGAAGCCGGGCUGAGAGCACAACAAAAAACAAAUAUGAGGGAGUUUUCAGGAAGCAAUAAUACACAAACGAUGGGGCAUGACCGCAGUGAAGGGAAUGGUGUGGAAGGGGCUACUCUAGGAACAUCGUUUGGGGUGCUCUUUGGUGCUGUUAUACAAGUGAAGGACAAGACUAAGAUGUUUAAGUGCAUCCUCGAGUAUCUCGAAUCCACGAUAGACUCUCUAAAACCAUUUAUAGAAGAGAUGGUAGAAUAUAACAAGGUAUUGCAUCUCUCAAAAGAGGAACUAGGGAAUUUUAUAACACUUAUGGAGAAGGGUGCACAGCUCAUUCACAAGUGCUCAAAGAUUCGUAAGUGGGCUAGCUACAAGAAGUAUGAAUAUGCCAACAAACUUCUUAGAUUAGAUGAAUCUCUUCAAGUAAUGUUAAAUAUAUUUAGAGUGCAAUUAGUAAGGGAUGUGAGAGAGAGCUUAGUUUCCUUAAGUAAUAUAGAGGCUAUGAUCAAGCGAAUGGAAGGGAGUGAUUUGAUACAAAAUGAUCAAAUUUUAAGUAUAGGUGGUUCUGCAGUGCCUGAAGUUUACCUCCAUCGGCCUGGAUGUAUUGAAUGUACAUGGAACACAAGAUGUGCAGUGCCUUAACAUUCAUUUGAUUCUUGUAAGUUUUUUUCCCUUAAGAAAAGGCAGGGAUCUGUUUUGGUACAUAAUUUGCUUUUACGGUUAUUAAUGAGUAUUUUUUUGUUCCAUGAGUUCUUGACUGUUUUAUUUCAUGUAUAAACAAUUGCAUUAUCAUGAGAUUAUGAUUUUUUUUAUUUUUUAUUUCCCUUUUAGACUUCAAUUAAAGAUUCCUAGUCAUCCUAGAGUUUAAUUUCAUCGUAGACGCUAGGGUUUGUUAUUUAAGUUUUUAGACUAGGAUUCCUAGAGUUUAAUUUCCUCCUAGUGAUGCUAGGAUUUGUUAUUUUCAUUUUUAGACUAGGAUUCCUAGUAAUUCUGGAGUUUAUAUCAACUUUAGGGCAAUUUUAAUUGCUAAGAAUGUUUACGAGUAAGCUCUAAAUUGAAACAGAGUUUAUAAUUUUCUUAUUUUUUUUCUUGCGUUGGAUUAGAAAUUAGGUUGCCAUGGGCGGGAGGACGACUGUUUUGAAUGAGAAGUGCAACAAAAAAGGAAGAAGAACCCAUGAAAUUGACAAAACAAAUCUCUUUUUUUUGGCCAGCAACAACAAAUAGUAGCUUACAGCACCGUCAAUCCUUCAACCCAUAUGGAUAAGAAGUAGAGGGAGCAACUGAAAGAGGAAGGUAGAAUUCCAGAUCGCAUGUAUCACUUGGAUUGAAAAUAAGACCGAUAAGAAGAUAAAAGACGAAUUCAUGAGUAAACAUCCCUUUAAUGCUUGAUGUUAUUAAGUUAAUUACGGAUUAGAACUUGCUACCAUGCUCAACAAACUGAUUAGGGUGGAGAGGAUUUAAUUAUCUGAGAUUGACCAAGGUGGAGAGAGAGAGAGAGAGAGAGAGAGAUUUAAAGAUGCAUAUCAGAUGUCUCUCUCUAGUUCAGAGAUGAUUAGUUUUCCGGUGGACAAGGGAGUGGUUGCAAUCCCAUGUCGUUUUUACGUUUUUAUGAAGUGGUUGCAAUCCCACAUCGGCUGCUUAGAUAAACCUCAUCUGUUUUUCCCUAUAUAAAAGCUUCAUUCUAGAAUAGCGAUGUUAUCACAGACUUCCAAGUCCAGCCAUUUACUUUGUUUGGGCUUCAAAUGUCUCUGUACAUUUGGGCUUUUGGCCAGCUGGAGUUUAAAUUUUGAGUUAAAGUUAAUUAGUUUUACUUGAUCACAACUUUUGUAUUAUGUAAGGAGACUAAGCUCUCUCUCACAUUUUUUGCUAAUUGCACUCUUGGAUGAAUUUCUCAUAAGUAUACUAAAAAG